AUGCCUGCAAUCAAUGGGGGCUGUGCUGCUUCUCGGCGCGCUGCGAAGAGCCGUAAAACGCGAGCAGCUGUAGUGCCAAGCUCCACAGUGCAAAGUCUUGCUCGCAGCCUUGCACGUGGAGCUCCGGCUGUGCAAGUGGCGGAGCAUGCUGCAGCCAUUUUGGAGGACGACCGUGCCCUUGGCAUUGUGCGACAGGAUGCUACCCUGGAGCGUUUAGCUCGUGCUGGAGCGAGAGAUGUUUUCGCAGCUUUCAAAGAUGCCGCCCUGCGAGUGUCUAUGGAGAUAAGCUAUGUGAAGCUUGGGCAAGCUGAGAAGCACCCCAUGAUUAUGCCGGAGGCCUUUCUGUCUGCCCUCUACACCAAUAAUCGUUUGGAUUUGUUGCUCCCGGAAAAAUCAUUGGCUGCCAGCGCUCCGGUUCUCAAAGAGUAUUGGAGACGUUUCAAGCUGCAAUUCGGAGCUGACCAUGAAGUGUUUCAAAACAUUUCUGAUGAAGAUGAAGCACGACUCUUGCCUGUGAAAAUCCACGGAGACGAGGGGUGGAUUUUGGGAGCUGGCACGAGCAAAAGCGUUCUGCGAAGUCAAAGGGAGCAAGCAGCCGCCCAGAAAUUGAAUAUUCUGGGGAAUCCGGAAACAACACGUUUCCUGACCCUGGCUGCUCUCAAGGAAGUCUAUGGAGAAGACGACGAAUUUUUGAGGGACGCAACUCGCUUGAUCGGCAUGAGCUUUCAGCGCUUGUUGACUUCUGGCUUCAAAUUUCCAGAUGGCUCCACCCUUUACCUAGCCGCCAUCAGCGUGAAGGGCGAUUGGCCAUGGCUUAUAGAGGCCGCUGGAUUGGUGAGACACUUCAGAAAAGCGCCCAAAAAGGGCCACACCACAGGCGCUGCAGCGGUGCCAUGGGACCGUGUCGAACCAUUCACGGAGCUGUUGCCAACCCCCUACGAUCUACCUCAGCUGCUGGCAGAAGGGUGCAACAACGACUCUUCUUUGCGACGCUUCGUAAGCAAAUACUUUUGCAACAUGUUUUUCUUCCAUUUUUCAUUCUGCAAGGCGUGUCCUUUGGUUGUUAACCCUGUUGCCAAAAUCUCCCAGAUGCCUUUGACCUUGCUGCAGGAAUUCCUGGAAUAUGUUCUACAGCAGCCGCCGUUUGCAGACAUGGUCGUGCUGGACAGGCGCUGGGUGCUGAUCCUCUUGGUUGCCCAAAGUAUUAACCGUGCCAUGCGCAACCUUUACAGAUCAGGCGCUUGGCUUCACAGCUCGGAUGCUUCUCCACUAGCUCACUCCGGGCUGACGUCCUGCCGGGCAUAUCGCCGUUUGGCUGAUCUGAGCUUGGAACUUGCUGAACCUCGGUUUCCAAUGCAUCCCAAAUUCCAUAUGCUAGUGCAUACGUUCCGAUUCAUGCAGCUCGAUGCUGCACGAGUUGAAUGGCAAGAGUCGCCACUGUGCGACUCUUGCCAGAUGGACGAGGGAUUUGUUGGCCAGCUGGCCGAGUUGAAUGGCAAGAGUCGCCACUGUGCGACUCUUGCCAGAUGGACGAGGGAUUUGUUGGCCAGCUGGCCAGGUACUCCCGGCGGGUUUCUCCGAAGACUACAGUGCACCGGACUUUAG